AUGAACGGUAUGAGAUGGAUGAUCAGACGGUUCACUUCUUACCCUGUAACGUUUACGAGAGAGCUUGUCGACGUAGGACCGCAGAGACCACCGCAGCAGAAGAUUGCAAGAUCGGCGGCCGAGGUUGUGUCGGACACCGGUUCAAACCCGUCGUUUCGCGCGCGCAGUACCGAACAAAUGCGUGCCGAAGCGGUCGUGUGUCUCGCUGGUUGUCGUGUCGUGUCGCCGUCGGUCGUCCGGUCGCCGUCACCCGCUGUCAGUACAAAUAAGGGCGUGAUGACGAACGGUUACAAAUCAAUCAUCGACAAUAAAUAUGUCAACUGCUCCACAGAUGAAGAUAAACACCACUUCAAAUGGCUGCUGCAAAGUCAUCAGCAAGCACAGCGUUGUCAGCGCAUGGUUGGAAAAUUGGCUGGCGAAGAAAAACUCGGCUCCGAAGAAAGCAACAAAGACAAGAAAAACGGAAGGAGCUGUGCCAUGGCUUCUGUGGCGAAGCGAUCUCAAAACGGUAGUGCAACCGGUUUUCGACUUCACUUCUCUUUUGCACGUGUUUCUGAGCACCUGAACCGCCGACCGGUCAUAAUCAUAAACUCGCUGUGCGUCCGCCACAACUUGAUCAUGGCAACUUUCGCAGACGGAUCAGUGAUAAAUUUGUGA